AUGUAUCAGCACGACUCAUUGAUGCAAGACGUUCAAUAUCUUGCCGAGAAGAGACGAAUGGAAUGGCGAUCGAGACUUAUUCUAGUAAUUUGUCUAAUUGUUAUAUUCUGUAUUGUUCUCGGAUUUAUUUUAUCUGUGACCAUUCCCAUUGCUAUUGCCAAUCAAGGACAAACUAAUGCUUCGGAAGCUAUGAAAGAUACCUUAAAAAUCGUUGUACCUUUGGAGUGGCCAUAA